AUGUUUGACAGCAACACAGGUUCUGUUCUGUCUGCAGAACAAAUCGACGGAUAUUUCAGGCAUAUCCACGUGCCGGAUAGUUAUUUGCGUGAUCAGCGCCCUGAAUUAGACAUCACAUUUCUCUCAACGCUUCAAUCCUGCCAUCUCUCAAGGGUUCCCUAUGAAAACCUCGCUCUCCACUAUGCGGAGAAUUCCAGUAUAUCUCUAGAUGUUGCCGAUAUCUACGGGAAAGUGGUCGUGGACCGCCGUGGUGGCUACUGCAUGGAGAAUAAUAUAUUCUUCUACCAUGUUCUUCGGUUUUUUGGCUUCCAGGUGUAUCUCACAGGAGCACGGCUUCAUCGUACGGGUGAUAGUCAGCCCUCUGGAUGGUCGGGUUGGGAGCAUUCUGUCAAUAUCGUGACCCUACCUGAUCAGCAACGGUACUUGGUGGAUGUUGGCUAUGGUGGAAAUGGUCCAACGGCCCCACUACCUCUCACCCCGAACGUGACUCUUCGAAACCUCGGCACUCAAGAAGUACGGUUAUCCUACGAUCAGAAGCCAAAUUACCAUAGCAUACAGCGAAAUUUGUGGACAUAUCAGUUUCGCAAUACUGGAGAUCAGCCGUGGGUGUCAGCAUAUGCAUUUACUGAAAUCGAAUUCACUCUCCGGGAUUUUGAGGUCAUGAAUUUCUUCACCAGUCGCAGCCCAGACUGCUUCCUGACAUCCAGGCUGCUUGUAGUCAAAUUUCUGCGCAGGGAUGACGGUAUCUAUGGAAAGCUCAUCCUGGAUCAUGACCGAGUGAAGAAAAAUCUUGGCGGGAAAUCAAUAUUAAUUCAGACCUGCACGACGGAAGAAGAGAGAGUGAAUGCCCUAGAAGUCCAUUUCGGAAUAAGGCUGGCUAAAGAGGAGCGGUCCGGCAUCAAAGGAAGAAUAUCGUCAUUGACAUGCUGA